AUGUUGAAAGAUAUCAGGUCUAUUGACUUUUGGUCAGGCGUCGGUUGUAUAUAUAAUAUUUAUCAUUCGAUGUGCAUCCGCAGCUUCACAGCUCCCUCCAAACAGCUUCGCCAGUCCCUCGCCCAACUUCAAUUCCUCUCAUCUGCGUCUGGUGUCUCUUGUGUCUGUGAGGAUAAGACCGAAUUUAGAUCGCUCACCAGGCCUGCAAUUUAUUUUACUGAGCGCAUCUCCACUAUGGAGAGCUUCGAGAACAUCUACCUGGAUCUGUCGAAGCAGCCAGGAAAAUGCAAGCUAGCAGAGAGCGGUCUGGGCUGGCGGCCCAUGGGCGGAGGCGAGACGUUUACUCUCGACAGCUCCAACAUCGGCGCAGCGCAGUGGAGUCGAGCGGCGAAAGGGUAUGAGCUGAAAAUCUUGUCGCGCACAUCGGGUGUCAUCCAGCUGGAUGGAUUCGAGCAAGAGGACUUCGACCGGUUGAGCAAGGCAUUCAAGAUCUGGUACGGCAUCACCAUCGAGCAGCGCGAGCACGCUCUGCGAGGAUGGAACUGGGGCAAGGCAGAGUUCACCAAAGCGGAACUCACGUUCAACGUCCAGAACCGCCCUGCCUUUGAGAUCCCCUACACUGAAAUCUCCAACACCAACCUGGCCGGUAAAAACGAGGUCGCUGUCGAGUUCGCUCUUCCGACGGAUAGUCAGCAGACCAAUGGUGUCAAUGGGCGCCUCGAUGGCAGCACGAAAAACCGUGGCCGGAAGGCUGCGGCGGGCCCGGACGAGCUGGUGGAAAUGCGAUUCUACAUCCCGGGAACGGCCCUGAAAAAGGAAACAGGCGAGGAGGAAGAGGAGGGCGAAGAGCAAAAUGCGGCCAAUCUAUUCUACGAGACGCUCAUGGACAAGGCGGAGAUCGGAGACGUUGCGGGAGACACAUUUGCGACGUUCUUGGAUGUCCUCCACCUUACACCAAGAGGUCGUUUCGAUAUCGAUAUGUACGAGUCAUCCUUCCGACUACGUGGUAAGACGUACGACUACAAGAUUCAGUACUCGUCGAUAAAGAAAUUCUUCCUGCUCCCCAAGAACGACGACAUGCACACGCUCAUCGUCCUGGGUCUCGAUCCGCCACUUCGUCAGGGUCAGACCAGGUACCCGUUCCUGGUCAUGCAGUUGAAGCUGGAUGAGGAGAUCAGCAUAGAACUCAACAUGACUGAAGAGUUACUACAAACCCGGUACAAGGAUAAACUGGAGCCUCGAUAUGAGGAGCCGAUCCACCAAGUGAUCACCAAAAUCUUCCGAGGACUGUCGGGCAAGAAGGUCAUCUUGCCAUCGAAAGAUUUUGUCAGCCACCAUGGCCACCAUGGAGUCAAGUGUUCGAUCAAAGCGAACGAAGGCCUGCUGUUCUGCUUGGAUAAGAGUUUCAUGUUUGUUCCGAAGCCAGCCACGUACAUUCCAAUCGAGAACAUUUCCGUCAUUACUAUGUCCCGUGUGGGAGGCGCCGUUUCGACUAGUCGGACGUUUGAUAUCACGAUCACCUUGAAGGGCGGAAUGGGGGAGCACCAGUUCAGCAACAUCAACCGUGAGGAGCAACAACCUUUGGAGGAAUUCUUCAAAGCGAAGAACAUCCGAUUCAAGAACGAGAUGCUGGAUGACUCUUCGGCACUCAUCGCCGCGGCCCUCGACAACGAAGACCUCACGAGCGACGAGGAAGGCGGCGCCGACCGCGGCUCUGCGGACGAAGACGAGGAGUCCAUCGACGAGGACUUCCAGGCGGAAUCCGAGUCUGACCCAGCGGAGGAGUACGACUCUGCGCACGAGAGCAGCGGUAGCGAGAGCGAGAGCGAUGCCGAGAUGGACGACGCGUCCGACGUGGUCGACGAAGAGGAAGAAGAGAUAGAAGAAGAGAGGCCGAAGAAGAAAACAAAGGUUGGGAAGUAA